UUAUUAAAGAAAAAAGUAUCGUGGUGCAAAAAAGAGCUGAAGGAAAAAUAAUAAAAACUGGGAAAAAGACAAAGAAAUAAAUCGACAUAAUUUCAACUAUUCUAUACAAUAACAUUUGUACAAAAAGAAAUCUCAUAAAAUUUAAAUAAAAUGGGAUCACGUACUGAAUCACGCAUUUAUGUUGGCAAUUUACCACCCGAUAUACGGACCAAAGAUAUUCAGGAUCUUUUUCAUAAAUUUGGCAAAGUAACAUUUGUCGAUUUAAAGAACCGGCGUGGUCCGCCAUUUGCAUUUGUAGAAUUUGAAGAUGCAAGAGAUGCGGAUGAUGCUGUUAAGGCUAGAGAUGGUUACGAUUAUGAUGGUUACAGACUAAGAGUAGAAUUUCCAAGAGGCGGAGGUCCUGGCAGUUACCGUGGCAAUCGUAAUGAUGGUGGCGGUGGUGGUGGAGGCGGUGGCAGCGGCCGUGGUGGUAGAGAUGGUGCUGGUGGCCGUGGAGGUCGUGGUCCACCCACAAAACGUUCUCAGUAUCGUGUUAUGGUUACGGGCCUUCCACCUUCAGGCUCUUGGCAAGAUUUAAAAGAUCAUAUGCGUGAAGCAGGUGAUGUUUGUUUUGCCGAUACCUAUAAAGAUGGUACUGGUGUUGUGGAGUUUUUGCGUCAUGAAGAUAUGAAAUAUGCCAUUAAAAAGCUUGACGAUUCACGUUUUCGUUCGCAUGAGGGUGAAGUGUCGUAUAUACGUGUACGUGAGGAUUGUGGCGAUGGAGACCGCGGCAUGGGUGGAAGAGAUUUUGGACGUGGCGGCAUGGGUAUCAGAUCACGUUCACGUUCCUUCUCACCACGUCCCCGAAGACGUGGAUCACCAACAUAUUCGCCAGUACGACGACAAACAUUUUCAAGGUCACGAUCUCGUUCAAACUUUUAAAAUAACACAAAACAAUAUAUAUAAAUAUUAUGCGUGAGAAAAAAACCCCAAUACUAACUAAAGAUACAACAAAAAAAAAAACCUAAAAAUUUAGCAACUCAAAUAUUAUUUGGAAGAAAAACUUAAGAAACGUAUUUUUAAAACAUUAAGAAAAUCACAUAAGAGUAGAAAAAAACAAACAAACAAAACAAAUUUAAUUUAAUAAUACAAAAGUCACCAAAACAUUUUAACGUUUAAAACAUUCUUACAUUUUUUUUGCUUUGAAAGGCAAAUGAACAAAGAAGUUUCUUUAAUUUUUUUUAAUUUAUUACAUUUAUUUUCUUUAUUAAUUAACAAAUCAAAAGCUUGUUUUAAACUUAAGAAGCUUUGUUGUUUUCUCCACCUUUAAACAUCUUAAGUGAAAGUUUAAAAAAAUCUGCAAAAAAAAAUCAAGGUUGACAAACAAUUUCUUAAUAAUUUAGCUCAACUGUGGUCUUUAAAUAGUUAUGUUUUUUUAACAUUCCUUGAUUUUUUAACAAUUUAACAACAAUUUGUUUUGUUAAAAUUCUUUUAUUACAAAAAAAAAAAAAAACAAACUAAAAUGAAACAUUUCACCAUUUAACAGGGAAAGAAACAAAACUUUUGAAAGCAAACCUUUUGCUCCACAUCUAAGGAGUUUAUUGAAAUGCUUUCCUUGUUAAAUGGAUUCAACAUAAUAACAAUAACCACCUGAAAAAUAAAAUUCAACCAUUUUUAACAUAUUUUUUUAAUUAACAAAAAAAAAAUUAUUAAAAAAAAAACCAACUUAAUAAAUAUGUAUAAACAUUCAACUAAAUUAUGUAUUAAAAUAUAUAUUAAUAAUAAUAUUUUUCUUAAUUUUUCUUCUCUUUCCUCUUCAAAUGGAUGGAAAUGUUAUUUGGAAUUGGAGGGAAGGAGUAAAGGAGGAUUUAUAGAAUGUUAUUAAAAAGAAACGGAUAUAAGGAUUUGAUUUGAAAAAGAAAAGGAAAGGAAAGGAAAAAAAUGGAUUUGCAAUUAUUGGACAUAAUUCACUUGAAAGGAUUUUUAGAGAAAAAAAAAAUGGAUUAAAAAAAAGAAAAGGAAAACGCGAAUGGAUUUUGCUUAAAUGGAAUUAAAUAUUUUUCAAAUUAUAACUUCAAGGAUUUCAUAUGAAUUUGUAAAUCAUAAACUGGAGGAGUUGGGAGUAUCAGCAGGAUUUUAGUAUAUUUGUCCGCAUUAAUUUGUAAGUUUUAUAGGCGUUUUUUUUUUAUUCUGGACCUUCAUUAAAAAUCUCUUACCAUUGAGUAUUAGGACAGCGUGGGAGGAUAUUUCAACAUGGAUUUCUUCUCUUAUAAACAGUUUUGGAUCUCAAUUAUUGUUCUUAUAUAUAAAAAAAUAUAUAAAUCAAACUUAUUCUCCAUAUGGAUUAAACAAUUAUUUAAUCCUCUCUUUGAAAAAAAAAAAAAACUUAAACUCAAAGGCAACACUUCUUCAAAUAAUUUUUUCUUCAAAAAAAAAAAAAAAAAUUGGAUUUCAUUUCCAACAACUAAUCCGCUAACCUUCAGGAUUUAUUCAUAAUUCUCUUAUUUCGUUCGUUACUUCUGGAAAAGAAAAACAAUUUUCUCUCAAACGUCCCUGACCUGCCUUUAUAGGACAACGUUAACACACCCACUCACACACAGAAACUUCAAAAUGACCUCUCGUAACUCUCGUUAACUUCUUUCUGGAUUUUGUCGGUAUGUUUUUAUUAUGUUCUCUUAACAUCAUUAUUAUAUCUAAAAAAAAUUAUAAUAAUAAUUACAUAUUUUUUUAAUUUUGUUGUUUGUUUUUACUUAAUAUGUAAAACAUUUGAAAAUACCUAUUUGCCUAUAGCAUUACAAAAAAAAAAAUAAAAUAAAACAACAUCCAUAAUUAUUACUAAUAUUAUUCUUAUUACUAAAUAACAUUUAUAUUUUCUCUUGAACAAAAAACUUUAAUAAAUAAAGCUCAAUUAAGCAAAAAAAUAAAAUGCAA